AUGAAAGUUUUGUUAUUUAAUUUCUACCAAAAUAUCAACAAAGUGCUGCCUGUAAAAAUACUCUUCAACUUCAACAGAACAAGCCAUGGCACUUUUAAAUAAAUAUGUAUUUUCUAAUAUUUUAAAACAGGGACUUUAUUUAAAAGUUCUUGGAUCAUCACCUUCAUGUUCUUAUUAUUCAAAAAAAGAUUUAAAUAAAUUUGGCACUCCACCUCCAUCAUUCAGAGAUAUUGAAUUACCAGAUCAAAGAAAAUUAACUGUUAUACCAAAAAUUCCUCAGUAUUACAUUAAUCAAAAACCUCCUUUGAUGAGGAAAUUGCACAGUGAUAUUAGAGGCCCUGAGCGAAUACACAAUAAGCUGUUGCAUCAACAAUAUGGAAUUAUUGCAUUGAGUGGAGGUUACCUUAAAUACGGAAGUAUCGAAGUAAUAAGAAACACUGUUAAUAGAGAAAUGGAUACAAGAAGAACAUUUGCUGUUUGGAGAAUUGAUCCAUUAUGGAAACCAGUAUCAAAAAAGAGCAUAGGUAAGCGAAUGGGAGGUGGUAAAGGAUCCGUUCACCAUUAUGUCACUCCUGUAAAAGCAGGGAGAAUUGUAAUUGAAGUUGGUGGCAAAGUUGAAUAUGAAGAAGUGUUUCCAUUUUUGAACAGAGUUGCUAAGAAAAUGCCAUUUGAUGCAAUACCAGUUAGCCAAAAAAUAUUGGAAGAAUUAGAGAAAGAAGCUAUUGCUUUACAUGAAUCAAAUAUUAAUCCUUUUAGUUUUAAAUAUGCUGUAGAAAAUGACGUUCAAGGAUGCAAUUUUUGGACUAAACAAACAGACACAGUCUAUUAUGAUGAUUUUAUUUAGUGCUGAUUCAAAAUUUGUACAUAGUGAAUGUUUUGUUUAUUAAAUAAAACUUUUUAA